GUUUUUUCAGAAUAUUAUAAUUGAAAUUUUACAGAUUAAAAUUAGUUAAAAAAAUAAAGUAAAUUCUGAAAGCAAAAAUGAGUUUUCAAAAUCAAGAAAUUCACGAUGACUUGAAUGAAAUGUAAAAGCUAACUGAAGCAUAGGAAGAACAAUUCAAGCAACAAAAUGACAAUGACUAUGAUUAAGUAGGAACAAGUGGUUAUUAAGAAAUAAUCAAAAGAUCAAGAGAAAAUUCGAUAGAUUCAGCCCGUUCGCGCUCAAGAUCAAUCAAUGAAAGAAAGAGAAAUUAUAACAGAUAGCAAAAUAGCAACGAAGAAGAGAGUCCAAGUAAUAUAAAUCAAAAUAGCAGGCCUGUUGCUUAGAGAAGCAAUCAUUUCUUUGAGUAAAAUGAUGAAUAGAAUGAAUAAAAUUUAGGAGAAAAUGAUUUGAAUAGUAACAACACAACUGGAGUUGAUUUUAGUAAAAUGAAUUUCAACUAAAGUUUGUAAUAACUUUAAGAGAUGGUCAAUAAAGUAGAAGUACCUGUGAUUAAGUUAGAUAACUAAUCAGGAUAUCGUCACGCUAGACGUCUUUAUAUUGGUAACAUUCCUGAAACUAUUAAUUAAGAAUAUCUAAGUGAAUGGCUUUAUCGUUCUCUUGAAGCAGCUGGAGGUCUUUAGCCUUCUUUGCCCUCAGAAAAUCCAAUAGUAAAAUGUGAAAUUGAUCCUAAAGGAAGGUUUGCAUUUACUGAGUUAAGGUCAAUUGAAGAAACCACUGCUUUGCUUCAAUUAGAUGGAAUUAUUUUGUGGCACAGAUAAUUAAGAAUAAGAAGACCUACUGAAUAUGAAAAGUUCCCUAAGGUUCAAGGACAAUUUGAAGCUAAUAUUCCCAAAUUGAAUUUCGAUCUUUUCAAAACUGUUGGAAUAGUAAUUAUUCCUACUAUUGUUGAUGAUGGUCCUAACAAGAUAUUCUUGGCUAACUUGCCCACUAAGAUGGAUGAGUUAAUGAUUUUAGAUGAAUUAAAACUUAGAGAUAUGGGUGAAAUUAAAGCAUUCCAUUUAGUUAAAGAUAAUCAAACUAACUAAAGUAAGGGAUAUGCCUUUUUUGAAUUCAAAGAUCCUUCUCUUACUGAUAAUUGUAUAGAGACAUUACAUGGUAUGCAAUAUGCUGGUAGAACUCUUACAUGCAAGAGAUCUUAAAUAGGAGGCUUAGGCAAUAAAUAAAUGUCAACAGGAAACAAUAAAUAAAACAAUAAUAGAAAUAGCAAUCAGUAAAAUAACUUAGGUGGUAAUAAUAACAUGCAAAGAUAGAGUUUCUCUUCAGAAAAUAUUGAUUCUAUAUAGGGAUAAAACUAAUAAGGUAUCAAUGAAGGCAGUGGAUUCUUUCCCAAUUACUAAUCAAACACACAAGGUGGUGGAAAUAACUAAAACAAGGGUAUGAACUAAAAUUAUCAAAAUAAUGGCAAUAAUCAUAACAACAAUAAUAAAAGAGGAAGAAACUUUGGAAAUUAAAAUAACUCAAAUAACAAUUACUACAAUAAUAAUGGGGCAGGAAUGAAUAAUGGUAAUAACAAUAAUAAUGGAAACAAUAGAAGAUUCUAAAAUAACAACAAUAUGAAUCACAAUUAGUAAGGUUAGUUUACAAACGGAGGAAAUAAAUUCAAUAAAGGGCAUGGUAACAACAACGGAAUGAGUAACAAGAAGUAAAAUUAAUGGAACGGUUAGCAAAAUAAUUAAAUCCCAAGCUAAGAUAAUUAAACUGGUAUCUCCUCUGAUGGAUAUUAUGAAGGAAGUAGUAGCUAAAUUGGCUAAUAAUAUGAUGUUAGCUAAAUGUACAACUAUCAAUAAUCAUAACAAGGAUCUCAUUAUAUGAUGCAAGACUAAUCUAAUCCUUAUUAAUGAAAUAAAAAUUCCAACAAUUUUAAAAGCUAAUAUUUAAUUAUUUUUAAUUUUAAAUUUACAAGAAUUCUUGUAUUUCCUUUUACAUAAAAAUUAAUUAUGUUUGUAUGUUUGUACAGACUUUAAAUAAGUAAUAAAUU